AUGCCACGUCUGUGGAAACGUGCAAGUGGUUCCUUCCUAUUCAGACAAGUGCCAACCAACUUCACACUUUGUCCACGCUUUGUUACAGCCGCUGGAUUUGAUGCCUCAGAACUCAAGAUUUUCGCUUCGAAUUUCUACCGCCUGCUUCCAGAUCCCUCCACGAGAUUCAAUAUCGUGCUUCGAGGAACCCUGCGUUUGAUUCAAUGCGAUAGGCAUCAUCUCCUUUUGACGCUAAGAGAUCGCGUUAUCAGACGACGAGUCUUUCACAAGGCUGGUGGUGAAAUAUAUUCCAGAUCCACAAAACUUGAAGGUCUUUCACCACAACUUCAAAUACAGCUAGCUUUCCAAACGGUUUUUAGACCAAGGAAACCAUCUCUCGUCUCCUCAGCUAGCCAAACCCUCAAGUCGACCACGAUGGUGCCGCACGUUGUUGAUACUCGACCCGCCUCACCAUCUCCUGCCUCGGAUGAGUCAGUCUUCAAAUUCCUCCUUGCCUCAGCCUCCUCCACCGAGAAAUCUCUCUCGAAGCAAGAGACCGAAAGAUACGAUCGACCCCCUAGCGACGUCCGGACCGAAGCCGAGAAGUUCCCAUCCUUCCUCAAAGCACCCCAGCCCGUCCCCAAAGCCAGGAGUAUGACCGAAGCCGAGAUGAAGUCCGAAAUCCUCGACGACUACCAAAUCGACAAGAUUGCCACCCAGCUCAAGACCGCCGAGCCCCCCCUCUCCCUCGAGCAGGCCCGUCAACGCCGAGAGUCCAUCAAGGAGGAGCGCAAGAGGUCCAUUGACUUCAUUCGCCGCCGCACCCUGUCUCGUGCUAGUGCUCUGGGUCGGCCGAACCUGGACGCUCUGGGACACCCGAACUUGGAGGGCUUGGCGGAGGGCAAGGUGUUCAGGCCACAGGGUGAGGAGACUCAACGGAAGUAG